UCUACCUUACGAAGAGUGGCGCGCUUGUAUACUGAAAUAAUAAAUAAUUUGUAUGUGCAGUAAUUGUUUAUUGCGAAAUUUAACAUUAAAUUCUCUAAUUAAAAUAAUUGAAUUAUAAUAUACGCGACGGGUAAUUUUGUAAUAAAUAAGACAUCUCUUAGUAAAAUUUGCAUUUUCUAAUUUUUAAACCAAAGUAUAAAAAAACAUCAUGAAUCAAAAUAUAAAUAAUGAAGAGUACAUUAGGUAUUUCAAAAUCUAUCAAUAGUCAAGAACUAUGCCAAGUUGGUCUUCAUACAUUGAACGUAAUUUUUAAAAAUGGAUGUAUUAAUUAUUAUCAAAGAGAAAUACUUGAUUUGACAAUGAAAAUAUUUGAUAAAUUUUUCGGAGAAAAUGUCGGAGAAAUUUUUUAUCAUAAAUUUUGUUUCCUUUAUUCAGAACACACUUCUUAAUCAUCAUCAUCUAACCAAAUUAUUUAUUGAAAUGAGUGGCGUACAAAAAAUAUUGCACGUUCUUACUAUAGCUAAUUAUCCUGCUCAAUUAGUGAUACUCUCCGUUUUAAUUGAUCUUGCUGUUUUUCCGUUAGUAAAACAAAUUGUAAAAACUUUUAAAAUACCUAAUCAAAUUGAUGGGUAUAUUGGACUAUUGUGUGAUAUUUGGAGAUAUGAAAUGGCAACUUUUUAUUUUUUAGAUGAUGAAUUUAUGUUCCAAAAUCAAAGUAUAAUGACGACAUUUAAAAAUAUUCGAAAUAAUUCAAGUCCUGCUAUAACUUCAAUGGUCAUGUAUGCACAGCCUAAAAUAUAUUUACUUUUAUUAUUAAUUGAAUUCAAUAAUGAAAAAUUUAACAAUAUUUUCGUUGAUCAAUCAUCUAAUUAUCUGAAACAAACUUCCAUUAAAAUGUUUAAUAAAGUAAAAGGAUUGAAAAAUAAAAUUACCAUUGUACACAUAAUUCACUAUUACACUUUAAAAAUUGGUGAGGUAUGGAAAGAAAAUGACAUUGUAUCAUACAAUGAAGUACAUUAUUUUUCAAAUGUUGAGUUAGAAUCAAUAAAAAUAAUGACUAAAAGACAUGCUAAUAUAUUACAAUUUUUAAAAAAUCUAAAUCAUGAUGUAAAGAACAUAAAUUCUAAGGAUGUUAUCCUCACGUUACCUAUCGUGAAUUUUGAGAAAAGUAAUGAUAUUGCACCCAGUAAACGUGGUAAACUAUUGCCAAACACAAUACGUGCAUUGAUUUGUGGACCGUCAAAUUGUGGAAAAACAAACUUGAUGUUUACCUUACUAACUGAUAUCAAUGGACUUCGAUUUGAAAAUGUUUACAUUUACUCAAAAUCGUUGCAUCAGUCAAUGUAUCAACUACUCAUGGAAGUUUUAGGCGAUGUCCAAGGAGUACAGUUGUUCACCUAUGAAAACGGUGACGAUGUACUAUCGGUAAACAAUGUCCUACCUAAUUCUGUGUUCAUAUUCGACGAUGUUGUUAUGGACAAAAAAAUGUGA